CGUGUGGCACCCAACCUGUCCCAGCCCUUUGCUGAUGGAUGGGGCUGCGCGCAACGUGGUGGCACCGUGCAUCACCGUCUCCUUUGUCCAUUGCCCCAUCGCAGCCCCAGAAAUAACACCCCCCUGGAGAUCACUUUAGGCCAUGAAUCACCCCGUGAUGCUGCCAAUACCUUCAUGCUUACAGGAAGCGAGCAGAAAGGGGAAGGAAGGCACCACAGGGCCGAGGAGGGGGCUCCCAGGAGAGGAUGAAGGCGAGAGGAGCGGGGUGCAGGGGACUCUGCCUCGCUGUGCUCUGUGCGGGUGUCGCACUCGCCCUCAAAGGAGAGGGGCCGGGGGACCAAAACAUCACCCAGCACAGUGACAUCUCGGAGACAACAGGAGCCCCCACCACAGCCACGAGGGACGUGAGUGGGCUGACAACGGGACCAGUGGGCUCCCCCAGCCCCUCUGGUACCGGGGACCCCACCACCAUCACCGUGUCACUGCAAGCAGGUGCCCCAGGGAACCAAACCCGAAAGGAAUCGGGUUUUCCCAUCAGGUACUGGUCCCCCGUCAUUUUCGUGGUCCUUGCUCUGCUCGUGCUCUUCUUCACCUACCGCAGGACCAAGGGCAAAGGGACGCAAGACCCAACCACCUCCCUCAGUGACUUUUCAGACGUGGCCACCCCGGAAAAUGACACAGCCCUGAUUGUUCCUGCUGCCCAGAAGUCGGACAACCCUCUGCCCCAGGAGCUGAGCAAGACCACCCCCUGCCAGCCAGCCCCCCCCUCAGAUCAACCUUCCCAGCAGCCCACAACCCCCACUGUCCCAGGCAGCCCCCUCUGCUCUGGGGUUCCCAGUGCUGACUGAGGGUGAAAUGGGGGAAGCAGCAGCAGCUUUUGGACACCCCAAAGGAGCACGAGGCCACCCCAGGGGGACAAACUGUGACAGCACACCUGGGCAGUGGACACAUGGAUGCUGGAGGAUGUGAGCAUCACACAUCACCUUGGUCCUGCCAAUGGAUGCUUCGGUGCGUGGCCACCUCCCUGUGAAACAGGGACCUGUGUGGGAUACGAGUGCAUUUACGGGACCCAGGGAUAGGGCUUGUGGGGGGGGGGGAAUCACAGCAGAGCUAAUAAAGCAGCCUUUUGCCCCAGAAAUCCUGGAUUUUCUGCCCCCCGUGCAUCAAGCUGUCAUUUACCCCUAUAUGGCCCAGCACGAGGAAGGAGGGGGGGGCAGCGAAGGACUUCACACGCAGAGAAAAAGGGGAAUGGUUGGAAACGUUGCUGCUAGAUUACUCACAUGGGGGAGAAACCACGCGGGGAGCAGCAGCCCCGUUGGCCCCUUGCUCUCCUCCCCCCGUGCACGCACAGCAAAGCGCGAGGUGCAGGCGCGGGGUGACGCGUGGGAGCUGAGAGCGGGGACUAAAAAAGCACUAAAAAAAAAAAAACAACAACCAACCAAACCCAAAAGCCAUCAAAGGGACCACCAACAGCCCCUCCCAGUGAAACGGGCGGAGGUGCAGGUGGGUGCAGGGCUGUGGGCGUUGCGCACAUCCGCUGUUUGCAUUGCAGCAGCCUGCAGGGUUUGCAGGCUGCAGGGUGUGGGGGGAGGUGUGCACGUUGUGGGGUGGGAGACACACGCGUCCCAAAGGGUUUGGGCAUUUCUCCAGCCCUCCGCUGUGCUCCGCUCACCCCAAGCCCUUUGCCUUGUACAAGCCCAAAUCCUUGUCUUUAUCAGCUCCAAAUCAUUGGCCCCGUAAUCCUCAAACUUUGGCUCCCUAAAGCCCAAAUCCACAGCUCCAUAAAGCACAAGACUUUGGUUCCAUAUACUGCAAGCCCAUGGCUCCAUAAACCCCAGAUUUGUCCCCCAUAAACCCUAAGACCUUGGCACCAUAAAUCCCAAACCGCUGGCCACGCAAACCCCAAAUCCCCGCUACCACCAUCCCCAAAUCUUCGGUCCCAUAAAUUCCCAAUCUUAUCCCCAUCAAACCCAAAACCUCAGCUGCACAAACCCCAAACCCCCGGCUCCACAAACCACCAAGUCUUCCCUCCAUUAACACCAAAUCCAGACCUCCAUAAACACCAAGAGCACGGUCCCAUAAACCCGAACACUUGGCUCCACUGGCCUCAAACCCUUGGCCGUGUCAACCUCAGACCCUGGGCUCCACAAAGCCUAAAUCCUUGCUCCCACAAAUGUGGGCCCCACAAACUCACGUCCCAUAGCUGUGCUGAGAGCCCUCCCAGGGCAGGAUGGCAC